GGAGACCUCUGGGAAUGCUCGCCAGCCUGGAGUGCGCAGGCGCAGGCGCAGGCGCAGGCUUUCCGGCUCGCCAUCGUCGUCUUUGUCUGCUGAAAAGGCCUGGGAAAUUUAUAAGUAAAUAAAGACACAACAGGAAAGACUUGUGGGUUAAGUCUCAUCCUUCUCCGUGAAAACACAGCUAAAGAAAAACUCAGAAAACCUAGGUAGCAGAAAAGUAUUUCCUCUGAGCACAGACAUUGAUUCUUUAAGACUACUCCUCUGUGUAUGGGACUCAGUUUAAACGAGUUUGGAACAUUUAAUUUACACUUAAAUAUGAGAGAAGCUGUCUAAAAAAGAACCAUUAAGAAUAUAAUGAGGAUGCUAUAUUUCAUCCCAAUUUGUAAUCAGCUAAUCACAGGAUAACCAAUGUGAAAAGUCUUUCAUCAUAUAUUCAACUUUGAUAGAUAGCUGAAAAUUACUAUUGGAGAGAAACCAUAUGAAUGUACUGAAUGUGGAAAAGCUUUCAUCCAUGUCACAUGUCAAGAGAUACUAAGGAAUUCUUGUUGGAGAAGGUAUCUGUGCAUGAUAAGAAUGUUGGAAAGCCUUCAGCCUGAAUCAGAUCUCCUUCAGCAUGAUCAAAUUCAUGCUGGAGAGAAACCUUAUGAAUGUAAUGAAUGUGGAAAAACAUUUAGCCUGAAGCAAAACCUCAUAGAGCAUAAGAAAAUGCAUACUGGAGAGAAAUCACAUGAAUGUAAUGAAUGUGGUAAAGAAUUCUCUCGAGUCUCAUCCCUUACUCUACAUUUGAGAAGUCAUACAGGAAAGAAACCAUAUAAAUGUAAUAAAUGUGGAAAAGCCUUCAGCCAGAAGGGAAACUUACUUACUCAUCAAAAACAUCAUACUGGAGAGAAAACUUAUGAAUGUGGGAAAGCUUCUAUUCAGAUGCCAAGCCUUAUUAAACACCAGAGAAAUCAUAUUGGAAACAAACCCUAUGUAUGUAAGGAAUGUGGCAAAGCCUUCAAUGGCAAAUCAUAUCUCUCUGAGCAUGAGAAAAUUCAUACAGGAGAGAAACCAUUUGAAUGUAAUCAAUGUGGAAGAGCUUUCAGCCAGAAGCAAUACCUUGUUAAACAUCAGAAUAUCCAUAGUGGAAAGAAACCCUUUAAAUGUAAUGAGUGUGGAAAAGCCUUUAGCCAGAAGGAAAACCUCAUUAUCCAUCAAAGAAUUCAUACUGGCGAGAAACCUUAUGAAUGUAAAGGGUGUGGGAAAGCUUUCAUUCAGAAGUCAAGCCUCAUUAGACACCAGAGAAGUCAUACAGGAGAGAAACCUUAUAUAUGUAAGGAAUGUGGAAAAGCCUUCAGUGGGAAAUCAAACCUCACUGAGCAUGAGAAAAUUCAUAUUGGAGAGAAACCCUAUAAAUGUAAUGAAUGUGGAACAAUCUUUAGGCAGAAGCAGUACCUCAUUAAACAUCACAAUAUUCACACAGGAGAGAAACCCUAUGAAUGUAAUAAAUGUGGAAAAGCCUUCUCUCGAAUCACAUCUCUCAUCGUACAUGUGAGAAUUCACACAGGUGAUAAGCCUUACGAAUGUAAAAUAUGUGGGAAAGCCUUCUGUCAAAGCUCAUCUCUUACUGUGCAUAUGAGAAGCCAUACAGGUGAGAAGCCCUAUGGCUGUAAUGAAUGUGGGAAAGCCUUCUCUCAGUUCUCAACUCUUGCUCUGCAUAUGAGAAUCCACACUGGAGAAAAACCUUAUCAGUGUAAUGAAUGUGGGAAAGCUUUUAGCCAGAAGUCACAUCAUAUUAGACACCAGAGAAUUCAUACUCAUUAAAACUCUAUGAAUGCCUUGAAUUUGGGAACACCUUCAAGAGAAUUCAUAUUAAACAGUAUAUCAGAAAAUUCAUUUUACAGUAAAUUCACAUGAAUGUGGAAAAUCCUUCAGCAACAGCUCAAAAUGUAAUAUACUGAGAAUUUAAUAACUAUCACAGUAUCAUGAAAACCUACACCCCCAAGACCCCACAACAAACAUUGUUCAUGCUGUACUUUUAGGAGCAUUCUCAUUAAGGAUCCAGUCAUGGACACUAAUCAACAUGGUUCUGGUAGGCCUACCUGAUGCAUUCAGACAAAGAUAUGCGAGGUAUAAAGAUGUGAAAUUAAGAGACAAAAUUGUCAUUUUUUUGUUACAUGUUUUGCUAUAUGUAUAAUCAUCAAGAUUAUUUGCUCUUGAUGCAGUAAUAGAAACAAAGAUUGUGACAGAAUAUUAUAUCCAGAAACAUAUGCAUGUCUGUAUGGGGAAUUGGCAAUUGAUAGAGGUGGUAAUCACAAGUUGGUAGGAAAAUCUGGAUGAUUCAAAAAAUGGUCUCAGGGUAAAUUGACUCUUCAUGUGGAAAAAUAUUAGAUCUUUGCUGUUGUUAUACAUUAAAGUAUUUAUUUAAAAAUCCAAAAGUGUUAUGAAGAUUAGAAUGCAAAGAGCAAAACUUAGUAAUAUAAGAAUUUUAUAGGAGAAUUUUUUCAAACCUGAGGGUAGGAAAGAAUUUCGAAAACAGAUUCCAGAAUACCCACUCUUGAGUAUACAUACAUAUAGCGAAGAAACUGAUACAUGUACCCAGGGAGUCCUGUACCUUUAUGUUCAUUGCAGCAUGAGUUAUAUUAGCAAAAAAUUGGAAACAAAUGUCUGUCACUUUUGAAAUGGAUGAAUAAAAUGUGAUGCAGUCACACUGUAUAAUAUUCUCUAGUAGUUAAGUAUAAGAAAUUAAAUCUAUAUGUAUUAAUAAGAAAGAUAUGAAAGUCAUGUAGAGUGAAAACAAAUGAAGUGAAUAUAUUAUAAUUAUUCCUGUAUGAAUUUAAAUUAAAUCAACACUAACCAACACUAGUAUUAAAGCAUUGGUUAUGGGUGAACAUUUUUAUGUAAAGCUAUGAAGAAUGGAUUGGAAGAAUACACACUCAGUUCCCAAAAGUGGUUGUCUCUAAAAAGAAAGGCAGUAGAAGGGAAAUGGGGCCAAACAUGGUAGUUAAAGGAUACUUCAGUUUUGUAUCUAAAUAUCUAUCUCAUUAAAAAGAAAUAAAGAUUCCAAGUAAAUAAAACAAAAUAUGUUAAUUCUGAAUUGUAAUAAUAUAUGAGUUUAUUCUGUUGUUUAUGCUGUUUCUUUUAAACUUCUGAAAAUUAAAAAAGAUAGGGAUAGGAGUAGGGAAACUACAUGGAGUACAUGUUAUAGUGGAUUCACAUUCCCAGUUAGAUGCAGAUAUUUUACAGAAGAUAUUUCUACAAUCAUAUCUUUACUAUAAAAUAUGAAUUUUAAAAAUUGGAAUGGUAACAAAUCUAGUUAUUUAAAUUUACUCUCAAAUGUCAUAUCACUAAUCUCUGUGUGGUCUUUACUGAGACCACAAUAGAUUAUAGCAUGAUUUUGCAACAGGUGAUUGAAUCACAUACAUUUAAGGAUCAUAUCACUUAGUAAUACAUCACUUAGUAAUACAUGCACAGACUUGUUAGAGAUAAUUCAUUUUUCAGAAACACUUAUCAGGAAUUUUAAUAGUCCACAUAACCAGUAUUGGCAUUAGAAAUUUGACAUUUUUUAAAUGAGGAAAACAUGUCACUCUUACAUUUUUUUGUAUGCCAUUGAGUAAAACAUCAACUCUUGCAUUUCAGCUUGAGUUUUAAACUCAGACUAUUUUUUUCCUCUAGUCUGCCACAGUCAAUUUCCCCCACCUCUAGUUUGUUUGUUUCCUUCAGGAAAAUGGCACUGAAAAGGGAGAUCUCAGACCUAAACAGAAUUCUUUUAUUAAAAGUAAAUCUUUUUGAGGAUUUUGGAUUCUUUUCCACAAUAACUUGACAUAUAGAAAGCAGUUAGUGCUCUUUUUGAAUAGUGAUAAAAAUGAGUAUGUAACACUUAAACCUUAGGCUGCUUUCAAAUAUAUCAAUUUCUUUUAAACUCAGAAUAAUACUAUGCUACUAUAACUAUAGCACUGCACUGCUUAUUAGCAUAUUUGAAGGUUGGUCUUGAGAUAAGAUUAUAAAUGCCAUAGGUUGACUUUGUGAGGUAAUGUAUCCAAAUAAGAUACAUGUAUAUCUAUGUGAAUCUAAAUUUUCCUCUCUUUUCUUCCAUUUCUCAUUAAGCAUUCUCUCAUAUUCCUUAAGUGUUAUCCACUUGUGCUGGUGCAGCUUUGAAGUCACCAGAGCAACUAGGAACUCUAAUCCAGACCAAAUAAGGAGGAUUACCUUUUCGUGCCUAUAGUUGGUCAGUGCCAAGGCCCAGCAACAAGAAUGAUUAUAAUGAUCAGAUAGAGUAAGAUAAGCAGUUGCUGCACAGUAUUCAGUGAUAUUGUGUGCUAUAAAUUUAUUCAGCCAUCCCCCUACUAAUUCAACUUGUUGCUAGUUAUUUGCCAUCACAAACAACACUAUAGUAAACACCUUUAUAUUGGCCCUUACAUUUUAUUUUUAUUUCUGGGGGAUAGAUUAUAGGCAAGAGACUGCUAGAUUAAAGGAUAUGUGCUAUUUUAAAGUUUUAAUAGAUGCAAUCAGUUAUUUUCAAAAAGACAGGUUUCCUCCAGCCAUGCAAUAGGUGGCAUUAUACUAAAAUUCAUGUUUGUCUGAUGAGUAUAAACCUCGCCUAGAUUUGCUUCUUUGUAAAAUUUCAUAGAUUUGCUUUUCCUAGAUUUGCUUCUUUGUAAAAUUUCAUAUUAUUAGCCUAUUUUCCUAUAGGAUUAUUUAUUUUUUUGUCAGUUUUGAAGACUUCACGUAUUAGACAUUAGGAAGUUUAUGGAUUGGUUAUAGAGAUAUUUUAAUCUCUAGAUUGUAUAUGUUACUUCUUAGGUUUUCUUAUAAGUUGUCUAUUUCCUUUUUGCGAUAUAUAAAUAAUCCAUCUAGAAUUGAAUUUUUAAUGUCAUGUAUGAGGGUUCAUUUUCUUUUCUUCCAGAUGGGUUGCCAGUUAUACAAGCACAAUUUGUUAAAAUAAUCCAGCAGCCAGUUUAGCAGCAAGUCACACAGCUCUGACACCUGCAUGUCCACCAGAAGCAAUCACAGAUUUGAACUAGCAAUCAAAAAAAGAGAGAGGGAGAGCAGAAUAAGCUUUAACCUAGCAUUAGGUUUAUUAUUAGCUUUGUCCUGACAAGAAAAUGUCUUCACAGCAUGUUCAUCAGACAGUCCUGCAACUACCCAAGCAAGCACAGCUUCCACUGCUUCAGCACUGCACAGAGGAGAAAAGAUCAAAAUGGGCGUGGUUCACCUCAGCACUGGGAAACAUUAACAUUCUCAUCCAGCACAGUUUAUAAUAAUCAACCAGGGCAUCUGCACGGUGUGCCACCAUGACAUGGGGCACACUCAGUUGUAACAAUGAUAAUCAUUUAAGCACAGAGAAGCCACUGCCUUGGUUUCCCAAGACUUGUGAUGCCUUAGUUAUAUAGGCUGUCAACGUCUACAUGCCAAUUAACAGUUCGUCCCAUCCAGAUACAGGCUACAAAUGAGAGAUUUACAGUGGUGUUUUCUUCAAGGAAAGUGUGGUAGAAAGGCAAAUCUAAAGUCAUCUUUCCAGAGAUGAAUCAGUGGGAAAGGCCUGUUCUUAAUCCUUUACUGAUACCACACUUUUCCUACUCAACUAAAACUUUGCUAUGUAAUCCUUUAACCAUAUGAUCUUUUCUUCAUUCAACUUAAACUGACUAUAUUUUGAUUUAUACCAAGACCUAUUUCUAUAUUCUCUUGCUUCAUUAAUCUGUUUUUCUAUUCCUAUACUAACACCAUAUUAAUUGAUAACUUAACAUUAGCCUUAUUGUAUUUUGAUACUGAGUAUUACAGCAAGUCCCCCACUCCCUGCUGUUUUUCAGUUUUAUUGGCUAAGUUAAUUUUCUUUCUAUAUAAAUUAAGAUAGUUUUCUCAAAUUACAAAAACCCUUUGAUAUUCUAAUUGGAAUUACAUUAAAUUUAUACACUUACUUUGGGAGAAAUUAUACUUAUGAUACUGUCUGUCUGUCUGUCCCAAAACAUAGUAUGCCUUUGCAUUUGUUCAAAUUGUGAUUCACGUCCUUCAGCAUGAGGAUUCUGAACAAAGUAAUUUGAAGCCCAUCGCUGCUUAAUACCAUUAUAUUAAAGAUUUUUGUUCGGUGAAUAAGGAAAUCUCCCCUCCACCCCAGCCCAGAAUUCAAGUGUGGAAGCCCUAAUCUACAAUGUGAUGGUAUUUGGAGAUGGGGCCUUAGGGAGAUUAAUUAGUUUUAGAUUAGGUCAUGAGGGUGGCACACUUAUGAUGGGAGUAGUGCCCUUAUAAGGAAUGCCUCGUGUAUGCACCAAGCACACAGUGAGACAGCAGCUGUCUACAACCCAGGAAAUGGACCUUCACCAAAUCUGCCAGCACUUUGCUAUUGGGACUUUUUAGCCUCUAGAACUGUGAGAAAUAAACGUCUGUUGUUUAAGCCACCCAGUCUAUGGCAUUUUGUUAUAGUAGCUCAAGCUAAGACAGUCCCCUUCCUGCUUAAUUCUACACCAGCCAGUUAAAUAUGAGGUAAACAUCUUGUCAGAUGCUUACUAUGAGCUCCUGAUAUAUGGUAAAUAAGACAAAACCACUUCUCAUUAGAAGAGUAUAAUCCCAACUCCAUUAACAAGCUCUGUAAUUUUUGGCAAUUUGUAAAACUUCCUAAGUCUCAAUUUCUUCAUUUUAAAAUAAAAAUUGUUGGAAUGGGAAAUAUGUGGAAAAUACAGUUCCUGCAAAUGACAUCACCAAAAUGUUGAACUAGGAAGCUCCAAGCUAUUGUUUUCCCACAGAAACUGAAAAACAACAACAACAACAAAACCCCAGAAGCUUUCUGAACCAACUUUGUAGUACCUCUGAAAAACAGUCAAAGCUUUUUUGAAACAAGAAAAUGCUCAAUUAAGAAAAGCCAUCUUCAAAAGUUUUGUGGCAUGUUUACUCUUUCCCCACCCCUCCCCAGCACAACAGUGAUCUUGGUCGUGACCUGGUGGCAACCCAGUUUCUCCUUCUCAAACUUGAAGAAGCAGAGCAGACCAUGUUUGCAAAUUAUUGUGUAUCUCUGUUCUGACCUAUCUUGAGGAUACAUGAAGGACUGAUGCAAGGCACAUUGCUGUUUUACAUUACUCAGAAUGCAGGUGGGGAAAUGAGCAUGCACUGCUCAUAAAACCUUCAAGGUGGGAUGCCUGGGGCAAGAGAUAUUGGUGGGGACACAAACUAUGGCCUGGAGGAAAAACUAGGGUAAAACUCUGGGAAAAUAAGACAUUCAAAAGCAGAUGUAUAUAGGGGGGACUUUACUAAGACAUACACAUGUCCACACAGGGACUUCCCUGGCAAUCCAGUGGUUAAGACUCUGCUUCCACUGCAGGGGGUGUGGGUUUGCUCCCUGGUCAGGGAACUAAGUUCCCAUAUGCCACACGGUGCAGCCAAAAAAAAAAAGAAAAGAAAAGAAAAAAAGAUAUACAUAUGUCCACACAAGAAGCAUGCCAAGAAGUCUUACUUAAUCUUGAGAAGACAAGAUUUCACCUUGGGGUGAUCCCUAGGCUCAGAGCAAUUCUAGCUAAAUGGUGAAGGAAUGCCCCAGCACAGAACCAACCUGCAAAGACUAGGGAAGGUGGCUGUUCUCUUGUGUGUGCGUGUUCGUGUGUUGUUUGUUUCAGCUUCUGGCAUUCAAGAAAAUCUCUGUCAAAACAGUUAAAAGCAGAUAUACACAAAAUUAACUAAAGAAAAAGGCUUUUAGGGACUUGCCUGGUGGUCUAGUGGUUAAGACUCUA